ACGCUGUCCACUGAGCCGCCAGGCCCCUCAUACGAGCCGGCGUGUGGAGGAGCUCGCGUCUGCCGUCUCUCACCUUCACCAUGUUUUCCUCGUCAGUUGCUCGCCUUUUAGGCACAGGCUUCGCAUUUUCUGCUGCAGCAGCUGCAGGAAUAUCUGCCAGGUGUCAGUCGACGUUGCCUAAAGUGUAUUUUGACGUGGAGGCCAACGGUGAACCUUUGGGCCGUAUAGUGAUGGAGCUUCGUUCAGAUGUUGUACCUAAAACUGCAGAAAAUUUUCGCCAGCUAUGUACUGAAGAACAGGGUUUUGGAUUUAAGGGCUCUGCAUUUCAUCGAAUUAUCCCCAACUUUAUGUGCCAGGGUGGUGACUUUACCAAAGGCAAUGGUACAGGUGGCAAAUCUAUUUAUGGCUCCAAAUUUGGAGAUGAAAACUUUCAGCUGAAGCACACAGAGCCAGGCAUCUUGUCUAUGGCCAAUGCUGGGCCAAACACAAAUGGAUCACAGUUCUUCUUGACUACUGUAGCUUGCCCUUGGUUAGAUGGUGCACAUGUUGUAUUUGGAAAAGUUGUAGAGGGAAUGGAUGUUGUGAAAACAGUAGAAGGAUUUGGAUCUCGUUCUGGAAAACCUUCCAAGAUGGUGACAAUUGCAGAUUGUAAUGAGUUGAAAGAGUAAAGUUCCUAAUAUAUUUAAAUUGUACAAUAUUUGGGCAAAACAAAA